AUGGCCCAGCGCCGUGCCUUUUCGGCCACCGCCCAACAGAACUCCAAGGUUGCCGUUCUCGGUGCUGCCGGUGGCAUUGGCCAGCCCCUCUCUCUUCUGAUGAAGCUCAACCCCCAUGUUAGCCAUCUCGCUCUCUACGAUAUCCGUGGUGGCCCUGGUGUUGCUGCCGACUUGAGUCAUAUCAACACCAACAGCGUCGUUACUGGCCACGAGCCCACUGCCACUGGCCUCAAGGAGGCUUUGACUGACGCCGAAAUCGUCCUUAUUCCAGCUGGCGUUCCCCGCAAGCCUGGCAUGACCCGUGAUGACCUCUUCAAUACCAAUGCCUCCAUUGUUCGUGAUCUGGCCAAGGCGACUGCCGACGCUGCUCCCAAUGCUAAAAUCCUCGUUAUCUCCAACCCGGUCAACUCCACUGUUCCGAUCGUUGCCGAGGUCUUCAAAUCCAAGAACGUCUACAACCCCAAGCGCCUUUUCGGUGUCACCACUCUUGAUGUUGUCCGUGCUUCCCGCUUCAUCUCUGAGAUCAAAAAGACCGACCCCGUCAAUGAGGAAGUCCCAGUCAUUGGUGGACACUCUGGGGUGACUAUUGUUCCCUUGGUCUCCCAGUCCAACCACCCCGACAUCUCUGGCGAGGCUCUCGAUGCUCUCGUCAACCGCAUCCAAUUUGGCGGUGAUGAGGUCGUCAAAGCUAAGGCCGGUGCGGGAUCUGCCACCCUUUCCAUGGCCAUGGCUGGCGCUCGCUUUGCCGAGAGUUUGCUCCGCGCUUCUGAGGGUGAGAAGGUCAUUGAGCCAACUUUCGUCGAAAGCCCUCUAUACAAAUCUCAGGGCAUCGAUUUCUUCGCUUCCCGCGUCAGACUCGGAGCCAAUGGCGUUGAGGAGAUUCUCCCAGUUGGAAAGGUCUCUGAGUACGAGCAGAAGCUCCUUGAUGCCUGCUUGGUGGAUCUCAAGAAGAAUAUCACCAAGGGUAUCGAGUUCGUCAAGGCCAAUCCUUGA